AAGUUUUGUUCAUUCUUUUUCCCUACGGACAAAGUUAAUAAAGCGGCGUUUGCAAAGAAAAAAAAGGUAAAGCAUUUAUAGAAAAAAAACAAAGAAUACGGUGUUUUUGAAAUUUUCCUUAAUUUAAUAACGAAGUUUUUCUUAAUCAUGUCUACUGCUAAUCGAACAAUACUUAUGGCUGUUGAUGACACUGAAACAACUUUGCACGCUUUUGAAUGGUAUAUUGAAAAUUUUCAUAGAAGUGAAGAUGUUUUAGUGUUGACGCAUGUUCACAGAAUGCCUGAGCUGCCUACAAUGGGGUUGAUGGCUGGGACUAUUGCUAUGUCAGAGAGUUACGAAUUAGUUAUAAGAGCAAGUAUCGAAAAAAGUAAACAACUGCUUGCAAGCUAUGAAAAUCGGUGUAAAGACCAUCAGGUUCAUUCAAGAAUUAUACUUGCAGACGAUCAUCAUUCUCCAGGACAUGUGAUUUGUAAAUUAGCGAAAAGUAACGAAGCUGAUGUCAUAAUAACUGGACAGAGAGGACUUGGUAAACUAGGUCGUGUUUUUUUAGGUAGCACAAGUGAUUAUGUUCUUCACCAUGCUCAUAUCCCUGUAAUUGUUGUGCCACCAAAAAAUAGCGAUCAUUAGUUAUGGAGACUUUAGAUAGUACUUUGUUUUAUCGAAAUAAAAACCGAAUUAUAAUUAUUAAUUUAAUAAUUAAUAAUAGUAA